AUGGAAGAGCUAGGGAUAGAAGAAAAGAAGCAGAAAAAUGAGAAAUAUGGGUAUACUCCAAAGAAAGAAAAUUUGGUCAUGAAAGAGUUCUAUCAGAGGCAGCUGGGGAUUACUGAUGAAGAUUUUGAGGCUUUUUGGGAAAUAGCUAAACAGCCUUUACCAAUAGCUUUUAGGGUUAUAUUUUAUAUAAUUGAAUUACAGUUUAUUAUUUUCACACCAAUUUUUAUUGUGGGUUCUAUAUUUAGGUAUAAUCCAACACAGCAAAAUUAUCAAAUAGUCAUAAGCAAGCUGUCCUCAUCUCUCUAUGAGACUGAAAAUUUCAAAUUAAAAUGCAUCCCUUGGUACCCUAAUUCUUUAGUAUGAGAAGCAAACAGCCACAAGACUGAGCUGAGGAAGGUGCCAUCAGUCAAGGCGUUCCACACAUUUUUAUUAAACGCUAAUGACUGUGGCUUAGUCACCCGCCAAGAGCUGGUCUCUAUGAUUCCUCCUCUUGUUCUUGACAUACACCCUAACCAAACUGUCUUACUCCCCCUCUUUAUAGCAAAAUUUUUUUUGAAAUUAAAAAAUUCCCAGUUCGCGAAAUCUGGAAAGCAAGUAUUAAUUUAAGUUGCAAAAAUUAUGUUUUAAAACGCAACUUGUUUUAGAAUUAGUAUGCUAAUUAUCACUUAUAUACCAAAUAUUAUUUUUAUAAAAAUUUUUUUAUUAUUCACAUUUUUACCCAAAAAAUAGGGAUUUUUCCAAUCGUUUUAUUCACUUACGGAGGGGGGAGUUAGACAUCUGCGCAGCUCCUGGCUCAAAAACAGCCCAAAUAAUUGAAAUCAUGCAAGGUGAAGGCCUCGUGGUCGCUAACGAUGUCGAUAAAAAUCGCGCUUAUAUGCUAAUCCACCAGCUGCACAGAAGCAAUACAAGCUGUAUGGUCGUUGUAAACCACCCAGCCCAAAAUUUCCCUAUGAUUGGUGAAGGGAAUUUCAAAUUUGACCGAGUUUUAUGUGACGUCCCUUGCACAGGAGAUGGAGCUAUUAGAAAAUUACCUUUGAAAUGGAAAGAAUGGAACGUAAAAGAAGGCUACGCAAUCCAUGGGCUACAAAUUGACAUUUUAAUAAGGGCAAUUGAGCUUUGUAAGGUAGGAGGAUUGGUGUGCUAUUCUACGUGCUCAUUAAAUCCUAUUGAAAAUGAGGCGGUCGUUAAUGAGGUUUAUAAGAGAUUUCAAGGGACGCUAGAAAUACAAAAUUUGCCUGAGAUUUUAGAAGAAAAAUGCCCUGGACUUGCGUUUAGAAGGGGUCUGAAGACUUGGAAGGUGUUUGGGAAUGCCAGGAAAAAGGAGCAGUAUAGGUUUAUUGAGUAUAAGAAUAUUGAGGAGCUGGCUGGUCAGAAUACAGCUAUAAAAGCAUCGGCGUUUCCAGUGGAUAUUCCAGAAGAGAUUAUAAAUACAGUAAGAAUUAUGCCGCAUGACCAGAAUUCUGGAGGGUUUUAUAUUGCGCUAUUUCGAAAAACUGCAGAAAAGCUUAUUUCAGUGCAGCCUCACAUUAAGAUUAAGAUUAAGAUUACGCUGGGUAUUUAAGGUCCCUACUACGUCCGAGGUCGCAUGCCACGGUUUCCCGUGUGGUGGCAGAGCGUUCACCAAGCCCGGGCCGAAACCCCCGGUUUCUCGGUAGAGGUAUUGUCAAGGGCCGUCUAUACCGGCUUUGCUGACCACCUCCAUUUCCAACUUGGAUCGUCGCCUAAGUUUACGCCAACUCCGCUUCGUCGUCCGCCAGAUCUGCCCAUUGAAGGGCACCUUUUCAACUGGAGAGACCCCCGUCUCGAUGUCUAACUCGCCUCCCCUCUUUUCCGGUCAUCCCGAGAAAGAACUCAACAGCUUUCGCCAUUCGGGGCGAGCCACUAAAGCAGCUUAGGCAGGUAAUUCACCCUGCCUCAUUUCGGGCACUCACUGGGCUGAGCGCUGCUGGCAAAAAGAAGUCACGAAUAACUGCCCAUGGGUCUGGUCGCAAAAACAGCGGUUCUCGCGCUUAGGCCUCUCGCUUCGAGGUCCCGGACGUUGUUGGGCUAAUUCCUGGCUCCAAAAACCAUGCCCGGAUAUACAUGGGUAACCACCACUGGGAGGGUGGGUCGGUCGCCAUACGCCAUUUUAUGUAUAUAGUGCAGCCUCACAUAGAAGCUCCUCAGCCUGUUGAAGAAGCUACUCAGCCUACUGAAGAAGCCUCUCAGCCACCAAGCGAAGCUUCUCAACCUUUAGUUGAUGCCUCUCAGCCACUAAGUGAAGCCCCUCAACCAGUCGAAGAAGCCAAAAAUCCACAAAAAAAGCAAAAAUGGCGAGACGUCAUCAAAGGUGAGAAUUUUUUGCCGCUAUCAGAAGACUCCGAAGAAUACCAAAAUCUCUUAUCCUGCUACGGUAUUGAAACUCUCCCACUCUCCCAACUCUUCACAGCCUCCUCAAAAAAGAAAAAUUUUUACUACGUUUCUUCACAUAUCACAGAUUUUCUAGCCCUAGACUCCUCUAAAAAACUCAAAAUUUUUAACAUGGGAGUGGUCGCUUUUACAAAAAACAGAGAAAAAGAGUCAAAGUCAAACUGCAUGCACCGGCCUAUGCAAGACGCGCUGCCAUUUGUGUCGAAAUUUAUUACGAAAAGAAAGGUAAUAUGCCAAAAUGUGUCGCUGCUUGGAAGAUUAGUCAAUGAGCCUUAUAUUGAGUAUGACUCUAUAGAGGAGGAAAGUGUAAAAGAAGGGCUGCAGGACUAUGGAUAUUAUGUGCUGCAUUUUGAAAGAAUUAAUGAAGAUGUUGUGGUACUUAAAAUAUCGGAAUGGAAAGUUGUGCCUAUAAUUCCUGUGGAGCAUAUAAAUAGCUUGAAAAUUCGAUAUGAUUUUCAGUCCAGUUAG